GUUUCAUUUUUAUUACCAAACGUGAAGAUACUUCAAUAAUAACUUUUUAUAAAACUGAUUGUUUUGUUUUAACAAAGAUAGUUUAUACAUUAAGUGGAAAUUACCUGGAACUAUGUCCAUUUUGCCUAACUCAAUAAGAUUUAUUGUUGAGUUUAAAAUAAAGUGUCAAACUGUAUUUAUAGAGGAACUAAUCAGUGGGUGAAAAGACAUGACCCUUCAAAUUACAACUAUUCCUUUCAUUUGGACUUUUUAAAUAAGAUGCUCAUAACUGUUUCUAUUCGUGUCUAUACAAGCAGUAGCUUACAACAAAACGAAAAGACAUGUUCUCUUUCUCUUUUGAUGUAUGGAAGGUUACGAAUGUGGUGGUGGUUACGGAGGUGGAAGACGCGAGGGUGGAUACAAUGGUGGUGGUGGAGGUGGCUACUCCUCGAGAGGAGGUGGUGGCGGAGGAUACGUUAGGGGUGGCAGACGUGAGGGUGGGGGAUACGGAGGUGGUGAUGGUGGAUGUUACGGAGGCGGCAAUGGUGGUGGUUGGUAAUUAGAUUAGGUGGUGGUGGUUUCGGUGGUGGAAGACGCGAGGGUGGAUACAAUGAUGGUGGUGGAGGUGGCUACUCCUCGAGAGGAGGUGGUGGCGGAGGAUACGGUGGAGGUGGCAAACGUGAGGGUGGGGGAUAAGGAGGUGGUGAUGAUGGAGGUUACGGAGGAGGCGGCGGUGGUGGUUGGUAAUUAGAUUAGGUUUGUGUAAUGACCCACCUCCACUAUCCCCACUAUCUCCACUAUCUCCACCAUCCCCACCACACCCACCAUCUCCACCAUCCCCACCACACCCACCAUCUCCACCAUCCCCAACUUCUUUAAAGAGAAAGAGAGAGAGAGGGAGGGAGAGAGAGAGAGAGAGAAAGAGAGAGAGAAAGAGAGAGAAAGCUCACCUGAGCUCGUCGCCGGAGCAACCGUGUGCCGUGAUCACGUUCAGCUUGCCACCACCGAUAAACGCCCUAGGUAACCGCCGGAAACCGCAUUCCUUAAGCUCAUUUUCGUUUCCGUUUAGUAAAUCACCCAUAACUUCCUAACCAUUGAUCAUCUCGUACAUCCAAGGCCAUCAUCGUGUUCCUCUCGUCGAGACGAAGCCGUAGACACCAACCACGCCUCAAACGGAGCCCGGACGAAGCCGCACGCGCCUCCCGAAGAUUCGCCUCGGCGCGCGCGUGAAACACACGCGCCACCGCCGUCCGCCGGAGCCACCGCGAGUUCCGGCCACGCGCCGCCGUCUCCGACCAACGUUCGCCGGAGCCGCCGUGACCGACCACCGUCCGUCCGCCGCCGAGAAGCCGCCGCCGCGUCGCCGCCUCGCCGCCGUCGCCGCCGUUGAUUUUCCGAUUUGGAGUCCAUUUGAGCAGCUGGAGUUCAUAGAUACCACCUCUUAUUGUUGCUAAGAUGCCGCCAAGGAGAAGAACCACCCGUGCCCAGACCGCCAGAGCCGUUAGAGACAAUGUAGAUGAGCAUGAGCAGCCCGCAGUUCCACCACCCGCGGCUCCACCAGUUGAUCAGGAUGCAUUGAGACAGAUGGUUCAGGAUGCCGCUAGACAGGCCGCUCAGGAAGCACUUCAGCAGAUUGCCCAGGAGGCAGCCAGGCAGGCCGCUCAGGAGGCCGCCCGAGUAGCUGCUCAGGAGGUUGCUCGUCAGAUGGCUGCCGUUCAGCAGGGACCGCAGAUUCAGGUUCAGCAAGUUCCACUGGUUCAUGUCCAACAAGAUCAGCAGAUUCCAGCUCAGCAUGAUCAUCAGGAUCCCGUUCAGCAGGUUCCCCUUCCACAGGUUCCUCUGCAGCAGGGUCCAGUUCAGCAGUUUGCUCAUGGUGUUCAGGAUCUACCGCCACCACCACCGCGACCUCAUGUUUACCCGGUUUAUAAUGAGAGGUUCUACAGGCUGACAUGUCAGAUGAGAAACAUGGAGAUGGAGCAUUUUAGCGGGACAGUGGAUGCUGUAGCUGCACACGAUUGGAAGUUAGCCUUGCAGCGGAAGCUGGAGAUUAUUGAGUGUCCACCAGAGUUGUCGCUCAGAUUGACUAUGCAGUACCUUCGUGGAGAUGCUCUUAUAUGGUGGGAGGGAAUACGAUUGAGCCAUUUUGGGCCAGAGAGACUUACUUUCGCUGAUUUCAUUCGAGAGUUCGAUAGGAAAUACUUUCCGAAGGAAGCGAUGGAUAGGAAGAAGUGCGAGUUCGAGCAUGUAAGCCAGGGAGAGAUGUCUAUCAGGGAGUAUGAGGUUGUGUUCAACCAACUUCGCAGAUUUGCAGGAGUGGGCAUUUCAGAAGAAGACUUGAUUAGAAAGUUUUUGAGUGGGAUGCGAGUGGAGAUUCGUAACAGGUGUCGCGUAGUCACUUACCACCGGUUGGGAGAUUUGGUGGAGAAAGCUGCCGAGCAGGAGGCAGGCUUGGCGGAGGAGAAGGAACUCGCCAAAGCAGUUCAUGUUAAGUCUGGAAAAGCUCCAGAGUCUCAAAGGAGAGCAGGGGACCCGUCGGGAUUACCGAUAUGUCCUCGUUGCCAUCGCAGUCACAGUGGGCAGUGUAUGAGGUGUCUUACUUGCGGUAGGAUUGGACACAUUGCGAAGUUUUGUCGAGCUAGGCCAUUGGAUACGCCACCAGUCAGACAGAUUGCAGCACCAGCAGCACCAGCAGCGGCACAUGUUUGCUUUGGCUGUGGUCAGCCAGGUCACUUCAUCAGAGAUUGCCCGAGGAAGGACAAUGCGGCACUUCCACCACCACCGAAGCGUCUAGCCAUCGCUCCACGUGUGUUUGCGGUUGGAGAUCCUCAGGGAGCUGAGCCGAUAGCAGGUAUGAGUCUUUUCCAUACUUGUUUGUGUUUGGGUAUUUUGGCUCGUGGUUGUCAUGUGUAGUUAGUAAAAAUCUCGUGUAGGAUCGGUUUUAGUUGGAGGAGAGUCAGCUUAUACCUUAUUCGACACGGGAGCCUCUCAUAGUUUUGUGAGUCCGCGCUUAGUCCAGUCUUGGUCUUUUCGUGGAGUCUUUGAACCGAAGGCUAAGCAGAUCCAGACUGCCGGCACGGAGAAGUUGGGUGCAGUUGGCAUUCAUCACGAUGUACCAGUUCUACUUGGAGGAGUCGAGUUGCUCGGAGAUUUGACGGAGAUGGAGAUGAGCUCCUACGAUGUUA